AUGGACUUUUUCAGAUCGAUUCUUGAAUGCUUCGGAGGAGCUGACGGCGACAAGCUAUCACCUGAUUACUACACGGACACCAAAGAAGCCAACAACCUGCACCGACAAGUCCACCCCCCCACCGCCGCCACCGACGACGACGAGAAGCAGCUUGCAGCCUCGAUUCUCUCCGUCCUCUUCACAGCCGAGAAGCCUGGUCGAGACCUUCAGGACCGUCUCAACGACAUCGUGCACACAAACGGCUGGUAUGAAGGGCUGGCAAAGCGCGUGCUGGACGGUCUGAUUGCCGCGCUGCAGGCAGGGAAGGCCAUGGGUGGCGCGAUCCAGGAAGCAUACGACAAAGCCUACGCCAUCGGCCGUGACUUUGUGAGAGAACAUCCGGUCCUCACCGCGGCGAUCCUUACCGUCGUCGCCAUUGGGAUCCUCGUCUACCUUGCUCCAUGGGCCAUCGAAGCCUUGGGGUUCGGAGCGCGCGGACCAGUUGGAGGGUCCUUCGCGGCCUUUUGGCAAUCGACCUUUCCCGACGUCGAGACUGCCUCGUGGUUCGCCUGGUUCCAGAGGCUCGGCAUGACAUGGGGCAAGGUGUAG